AGCCGAGACAGGUAAAUGGCACGUGAUAAUGGCGUGCAGAGACUUCCUCAUACGAGGCUAAACAGCUCGGCGAUGAUAGAUGGAGGAGAUUUCAACGGUGCAAAGGCAUAUAAAGACAGUAAAGUCUGCAACAUGUUGACAAUGCAAGAGUUUCAUAGGCGUUUCCACGAAGAAACUGGCAUCACUUUCGCUUCCCUUUACCCUGGUUGUAUCGCGACGACAGGUUUGUUCAGAGAGCAUAUUCCUCUCUUCCGUUCACUCUUCCCUCCUUUCCAGAAAUACAUCACCAAAGGGUAUGUCUCCGAGGCUGAGGCUGGCAAAAGACUUGCUCAGGUGGUGGGUGAUCCAAACUUGACGAAGUCGGGAGUGUACUGGAGCUGGAACAAGACCUCAGCUUCAUUCGAGAGUCAGUUGUCUCAAGAAGCUAGCGAUGUUGAGAAGGCUCGUAGGGUUUGGGAAGUUAGCGAGAAGCUCGUGGGCUUGGCCUAAAACUUGAUUUGAGUCUCCUACCGUCUUUUAAGCUAAGUUACGAUGAGAAGCAAACAAAAGAGGAAACAUCGAUGAAGCCUGGGUAUCAACGUUGAGUUUUUGUGUGUGUUGGCUAAUUCUAUUUGUUGACAAACCAAAAAAAUCCUUUUAAAAAGAUAAAUAAAAAUUGCAGGGCCGUCUAA